AUAGAUUUUAGACAAAAGUGGUUUUUGGGUCCAAAGAUCAGGGCUGAGUUGACCUGCAGGCUGAAUACAGGUGUAUAAAACAGGAGCAAGACACAGGCUGAUAGCAGAGCAAUCACCACCAAGUCUGAAACAACUGCAGGGGCUCAGCUGAAGGCUUCCCAGGGGCCAGGCGGUAAGGAUGGAGGAGGGAAUGAAUGCUCUCCAUGCCUUUGGGAUCCAGUCAACACACUACCUUCAGGUGAAUUACCAGGACUCCCAGGACUGGUUCAUCCUGGUGUCCGUGAUCGCAGACCUCAGGAAUGCCUUCUAUGUCCUCUUCCCCAUCUGGUUCCAUCUUCAAGAAGCUGUGGGCAUCAAACUCCUCUGGGUAGCUGUGAUUGGAGACUGGCUCAAUCUCGUCUUUAAGUGGAUUCUCUUUGGACAGCGGCCAUACUGGUGGGUCAUGGACACCGACUACUACAGCAACAGCCCCGCACCACUGAUCAGGCAGUUCCCCCCGACCUGUGAGACUGGACCAGGGAGUCCCUCUGGCCAUGCUAUGGGUACAGCUGGUGUAUACUACGUGAUGGUCACAUCCACCCUCUCUAUCUUCUGUGGAAAGAAAAGGCUGACCUACAGAUUUCGGUGCUUGAACGUCAUCCUGUGGUUGGGAUUCUGGGCAGUGCAGCUGAACGUCUGUCUGUCCCGAAUCUACCUUGCUGCUCAUUUUCCCCAUCAGGUUGUUGCUGGAGUCUUAUCAGGCAUUGCUGUUGCUGAAACUUUCCACCACAUCCAGAGCAUCUACAAUGCCAGCCUCAAGAAGUAUUUUCUUGUCACCUUCUUCCUGUUCAGUUUUGCCAUUGGAUUUUACCUGCUGCUAAAGGUGCUGGGUGUAGACCUCCUGUGGACAAUAGAGAAAGCCAAGAAGUGGUGUGAGCGGCCAGAAUGGGUCCAUAUUGACACCACACCUUUUGCCAGCCUCCUCAGAAACCUGGGGACUCUCUUUGGCCUGGGGCUGGCUCUCAACUCCAGCAUGUACAGGGAGAGCUGCAACGGCAAGCUUAGCAAGUGGCUCCCCUUCCGCCUCAGCUGCAUCGUGGCCUCCCUCGUCCUCCUGCACCUCUUUGACUCUUUGAAACCCCCAUCCCAAAUCGAGCUGAUCUUCUACAUCCUGUCUUUCUGCAAGAGCGCGGCAGUGCCUCUGGCAUCUGUCUGUCUCAUCCCCUAUUGCCUCUGCCGGGUCCUGGGCCAGCCAAACAAGAAGUCUUUGUAACAGAUGUGGAGUCUUCAGUAUUUAAAGUUACUGACUGUGCCAAGGAUGGAGGGUGGCUAAGGUCUUCUGCCAGCCCGUUUGGGGCCAGAGGUGCUAGAGUCAGCCCAGGCCAACCACUUCUCCUUUGCAAUUCUAAUUUGAUGGGGUGAUGUCUUUUGAAAAGCUAAUAAGGCUGUAUGAGAAAGCCUUGUCUGUUAGAACUUGGCUGUUCUUGGGUUUUUUUCUGAAGACUUACUUGUUCAUUUGUCAGAUAUGCAAAAGCAAGACUUCCAGGCAAGGCCACCUCAAAAUCUCAGGCUGGGGGUCCCAACUGAGAAUUUUCUACCGGUGCUCAUCCUUACCCCACCCCCACCCCGAAAAAGAAGAAAGGAGCAACAGAUUUGAUAGGGAAAGAAA